GGACCGGCCCACCGAGCUGCAGCAGCCCUUCGCGCCUCUCCUCGCCGACGCCAUGCUGCAGUUCCUGCUUGGAUUUACUCUUGGCAACGUGGUUGGAAUGUAUCUGGCUCAGAACUAUGACAUACCAAACCUGGCUAAAAAACUAGAAGAAAUAAAAAAGGACUUGGAUGCCAAGAAGAAACCCCCUAGCUCAUGAGGCGGACUCCAGCACUGCCUUCUGGAUAUACCGAUUCUGCUGUUCUUGAGGGCCUCCUUACCAUCUGAACCAAAAGUUUUUGUUUUAAAUUCCAGCCUCAAUAAUUUUCCUGUUAGAUCCUGCAUUGCCUGAGAGCACAGAUGGGGCCACAAGUUAAGAACCACCCUUUUCCAGCUUCCUCACCUGUCCCUUCCUCCUUCCAGCCACUUGAGACGGCCUAAGACUGGAAUUAUGGUGCUAGAUUAGUAAAUGUGACCUUUAAUUACUAGUCUCUCCUUUAUUCUUUGGAAUUUCUACUCUUUUCUAAAGAAAAAUUGAUGAGUUUUGUAUAGCUGGUCAGACAUAAAUAAUGCUGAUUUCACAGUUUAGCAAUUAUAAUGGGUGUUUAAACAUUUGGUACUAAAUUAUGUUGUUUUAAGGUCACUAAAAUUAAAGCCAAGAAGCCAGUCACUCCUGAAUUUUCCACUUAUUUUAUGCUGUUGUCAGGCAGCUCCAUAAUUGCUAAUUUAAUCAGUAAAUCAAUUUAUUACUCAUUAACUAAGAAACUAUACUCUGAGAACUCUGUCGGGAACUAGGGAGUUUAAAAAUAUGUAAAAUAAUGACCUUUAUCCUCCGUACAAUUCAUAGUCUAGUAUGCAUGUUUUCCUUAAUUGUGUCUUUGAUUUGGCUCUUUUCCCUCAAAAGAAUCCUACUUAUCUUAGGGGUUUACAGGUGCAUUUGACGUUACAUGACAGAUAAAUCACAAGUUGUAAAGGAAAUUUUAUGCCUCUUCACAUUAAAAAUGUAUUUACAAUA